UUACAAUGAUGCGUGAAUCAAUGAGGCUUCCACUUUCCUGUGUUAAUGUUAUACAAAAAGUUCUUGCCUUAAUCCGUAUUUGGCUAUCACAACCAGAAUUACCCAAUUUUCUGGAUUCAAAGCGUGUAUCCACAGACGACUGGACACAAUUAUUACUUCGAAUGCUAUUUUCUUUUUUCCGUUCGCCAUAUCUUCUCGUCAUCAAUGAUCGUCUGCCAUCUGCUAUUUCUAUUGCUCAUAAUAUACUUAAAAUUGUGAGAGAUUUGGCAAAUCCUUCAGGCAUGCAAAUUGUGCAUGUUUCCAAGUCUGUAUGGCAGGAACUACUUAAAAGAUUAAUUUCUGUUGUGGAUUUGUGUGUUACAAGAUCAGAUGCAUUUGGACAAGCAACAGCCGCAGGUUUCACACGUACUUUGCUAGGCACUUUGGUCUUUGUUCAAGUGCUACGUGAAAUCAGUAUUGAUAACCAUUUAUGGGAUUGUGUGCUUGUUGUAUUUCAAAGUGCUUCUUGGAAAAUUCAGAUUAUUGAACAAUGGUCAAGGAUUACUAUUAAUAUCACCAAAGCAUUGAUUUUAAAUUUAUUUGCGAUACAUGUAUGUUCUUUUGAUGCUGGUGUUCCACAAAAGGUCAACGAUUCUAUUGAUGAGAUUCCUAACUUUUCUGAAAAUACGGUUAAUUUUAAUGUAAAUUGUUUUAUAAUUUAUUUUAAUGAUUUACAGAGUUGUAAUAACUUAAAAACAACAAGCGAUAGUAGUAGCACUGACACUUGUCCUUGUGAGGCUGCACUUACUCAAAACAACAGCGGAUUGGCAAUUGUUUGGAUUAGAACAUGGAUGAGGAUUAUUUGUUUGGUGGAUACUUCAAAUUCUGAAUGGAAUCGCUCCCAACAGUUAGCUGUGCAAACGAUUGCCACAUAUGGCCGAGCUGUGGAUAUGCUUAUUCAAGUAGGGGAGGGAGCCCAAUCAAAUAAUGAAGCCAAUCCUCUCAUCCAUUGGUUGGCAAUACAAGUCUUGCGUUGCGCUUUAGACGUGGCGCCGCACGCACUUCCUAUCAUGUUUACCAUUUUGGUAAGUGCACAGCCAUUGCCGCCACUUGUGAGAGUUUUUAUUCUUCAUCGCAUAACUGAAUGUUUACGUACUGAAGUUGCACCAUUAGCGCUUGAACAUAUUCCUUCAAUAAACAGUCUAGAAGAUAUGGCCAUUAUCUCUGCUGAAACAAUUUCAACGUUACAAAGGCUUAUCAAAAAUCAAGAAUUUUCGGCAAGAGCGAUUAUAAUUUCCCUUCUUGAAACACGUCGUCAAUCACAACAACAACAGCAACUUGACCAAUUCUCCUUGACGCUUUGUGUGAAUGCACUUUCCCUUUUAAUUCUAGAAAGAGCUGAUGUAGUAUUGUUUGAUAGAUUGUUACAUCUUCUGAUUGAUCAUCAAUAUGCUGCACGAGUUUUACCUUUAUUUUGUGCGAAUAUUGCCUCAGUUAUGCGAGUUGGCUUUCAUUCCCAACUUAUUGAUGCCGUUCAAUUGUCUUUGUCUAAGGCUAAAAAUCUGAACAUGUUAAACGAUUUGAAAUGGCAACUUUGUUCAAUUUGUGCUAAAGAAAGCAUUGCUUUACAAUGGAAAGAAACUUUGGCAGAACGAUUUGAAACUGAUAAGGAUAAUUUUUUCGAGGGAUUUGGUCAAUUUCCUCUACCAGGCUUUCAAAUUACUCAAUGGAAUUCCAUCCAAGAAACAGCAACUGAAAAAGAAGAGAGUGAUGAGUGCAAUAUUUACAUGGAAACAAAUUCAUCCAUCCUUAGAGAAGAUCCUCAAAUGCUUUGGUGUAGAACACCUCUUGGUCGGUAUGCUUAUCAAAUGGAGAUGAUUGAAGAUGAGGAAGAGCCGAAUCUUUCAGCUGAUAAUUGGCUAAACUCAAUUUCGGAUGAAAUGAAUCCUUUGUUCCAAUCAACACAGAGUGCUCGGCAGAAAUCUUCUCUAGUUGAUGAAAUUUUUGAUCCAUUCCAGGAGUUGCCAUUUCCUAUCCCUCGCCACUCAACACAAAUGCCCAUAAAUUUGUCAUCUACUUUUGCUCACAAAGCAGAUUUGAUUCCACUAGAUAUUUCUGUGCCUGAAAUCCUGCAAUUUAUACAAUCAAGUACUCGAUUUCCUGAGGAAGUCACAGCAUUUAAUGGAUGUGAUCAUGUAAAAUCUGAAGCAUCAAAGUCAGAAAUACUUGACCAACUUGAAAAUGAUGAUAACAUCAUUGAUCCAAGUACUGGGGAUGGAAGUAAAUACAACUGCUGGCGAAAAUUUAAUGCAACUUUUGGAUUUUUUGAUUCUGCUAAAGAUUCUCCGUCAAACUUUUACCGAGAGAUUCGACAUUUAGAUUCUACCGUUUGUCGAGAAGUGCACAAAGUUGCUGUAAUUUUUGUUGGUGGAGGAAAUGACUUACAAGAUAAACAAUCAAUCUUAUCAAACAAUACAGGAUCAGAAACUUUUAACAAAUUUUAUGAUGGAUUAGGUUGGCCUGUUUAUAUUGGUUCAUCUGAAUUUUCUGGAUAUAGUGGAGGCCUUCCUAAUGGACAAACAGCAAUUUAUUAUGCGACUGCAAACACAGAGCUUAUUUUUCACGUUUCAACACUUCUGACUGGUGACGCUACUCAACGCUUAAAACACUUGGGAAAUGAUGAGGUACAUGUUGUUUGGUCAGAAAAUACAAAACCUUAUAGACGAGAUAUGAUUGCUACUAGAUUCUGUGAUGUGCUAAUUGUAUUAUAUUUAUCGAGUCCAGUUCUUUUGCGUGUUCACAUUGAAGUUCAAGAUCCACGCUUACAAUUUGGUCCACUUUUUGAUGGUAUUUAUUUUUUUAGUCGAAUUAUUGAAUUAAUUAUAGGUGCAUGUGUUCACAUAUCCCAAGCAAGUACUCUAGUUCGUGAAACUGUGCUAAAUGCAUCCCGUGCUUAUCGAAAUCUUCGCGUGGAAUGUGAUCGCCCUAAUAAAUAUCGUGAGAGGGUUUUUCGUGAUACAAAAAAGAUGCUUAAACCUUUGCCAUUGUCAAACUCAAUCACAAGACUAUUUCAUGCGUCAAUUGAAUGA